AUGCAUGCUGAGAGGUUGAUUUCAGUGAAUUCCACGGCAUCUCAGAGUAAUUUAACCUCGGCGAGCAUUCGAAGCACAGUUCUUAAGCUGUUGCAUUUGGUGGUUUCUUUGGGAAUUGUUGUGGCCAUGGAUAAGUUUCUGAAUAAGGUGUUCGUGGCUGCUGCCAUCAAAUUCCCAAGUGCUUUGUUCGGGAUGUUUUGCAUCUUCACCGUUUUGGUGGUUCUCGAUUCCACUGUCCCAGCUGCCGCCACUGGCUUGAUGAACUUCUUCCAGCCGGCCUUUCUUUUUAUUCAGAGGUGGCUGCCUUUGUUCUACGUGCCCUAUCUGGUGGUUCUGCCUCUGUCUGUCAAAGAGAUUCCGGCUGCCUCGGGUCUUAAGAUCUUUUUCAUUAUAGUUGGAGGCUGGCUGGCUUCACUGUGUGUAGCAGGUUUCACAGCCAUAGCAGUUAGAAAGCUUGUAAACACUGAAAUGAUGCCAGCCGAACCCAUGCCAAAGCCUUCUUCGUUUUCUUCAGUCGAGUUGUGGGUUUGGAGUGGUAUAUUCGUAAUAUCUUUUGUCUCUUCGUUGCUUUACCCGACUGUACUUGGAACCAAUGCCAGGACAUGUUUGCCCUUUCUCCUUGCUUCUACAGUAAUAGGCUACAUGUUUGGUUCCUGGCUACCAUCAGGCGUGAAGAUGGUUUUUCAUCCCAUUAUUUUCUGCGCAUUAUCAGCUGAUCUGGCGGCGUUGGCUUAUGGGAAACUUUCGCAUUUCGGACUUGAUCCCGUUCUAGGAUAUUAUCUCACAAAGGACUCGUCGAAUCCUGGAGCUGGUGACAUUUUGGUAGAUUUUCUUGGAUCGGUUGUACUUUCGUUUGCCUUUUCAAUGUUUCAACAGAGAAAGCUGGUGAAGAGACAUGCUGCCGAGAUAUUCACCGCUGUGAUCCUGUCCACAUUUUUCUCUUUGUACUCAACUGCUCUAGCCGGCCGUCUUGUUGGUCUCGAACCAUCAUUGACUGUAUCAAUUCUACCCAGAUGCGUAACUGUGGCUCUUGCUCUCAGCAUAGUGUCUUUGUUUGAAGGUGCCAAUUCAUCUCUUACAGCAGCUGCUGUUGUGAUUACUGGACUGGUUGGGGCCAAUUUUGUUCAGGUGACUCUAGACAGAUUAGGGUUUCGUGAUCCUAUUGCUCGUGGAAUAGCAACUGCAUCAAGUGCACAUGGGUUUGGAACAGCUGCGUUAUCAGCAAAGGAACCUGAGGCUCUUCCAUUUUGUGCAAUCGCGUACGCACUAACUGGGAUUUUUGCUUCUGUCAUCUGCUCUGUUCCACCCGUUAGACAAAGCUUGCUAGCUGUAAUAGGCUAA